UAUCUGUCCGCAUUUCCUCUUUCGCUGGCUGAUGAGAGGUUCACUAAACUCUUCUGGGCAAAGCUUUGGACAAGUCUGCUCGGUUUGAUGACAAAACACCAACAAAUAUGCACUUUUUCAAUAAUUAUGAAGGCUUUCUCUAGCUGGCGUCGACUGGGUUUGAAGUUUUUAGUCUGCUUUCAUAUCUGAAGGUGGGGCGGAGGCGGAGGAGCUCGUGCAUGACUGCUUCUGUCCGAGUCUUUUAAUGUCUGUUUAAGUGUAAAAGAAGAAAGACGACGCAGGAAUGUUGAAUGUAGGCGUUGCAGAAAUGUGUAUCUACAUGCAGUAGCAUACAAACCGUGUUUGUCUUUGUGACGGGAGGGUGAGCGAGUGAUGUCGGGGGACGCCAGCACCUUGUCCUGGAGGAGCAUGUCUCCCACCAGCAAAUCAGAGGCUUCAGAUUUGUCUCCCACAGCGAACAUGGUCAGAGUGAACAUCUUCCCGGUGAAGAUCAUCAAGGUGUGCUUCCUCAGUAACAGCUCCAACCUCGGCAAGAACUUCAAACUGGUGCGCUGUGAGGAGGGAUGGACCGUCAGGGCUAUCAUCAAUGUGGUUUUGUCCAGUGGCUGUGUGGGUCCUGACAUAAAGUACUGCCUGUGUUACGGCCUCCUCCUCAAACACCUCAAGUCGUCAGAGAUUCACUGGCUCCACCCCGACCUGCUGGUGUCUGAACUCACGCAGAAAUAUGAACAGCAGCACUUGGAGGCUGAGUGGAGGUAUGAUUUAAGGAUCCGAUACAUCCCGUCAGACUUUAUGAAGAAAUUCAAGGAUGACAGAACUACCAUGCUUUACUUUUACCAGCAGGUACGGAGUGACUACAUGCAGCAGUACGCCUCAAAAGUCAGUGAUGGAAUGGCUCUGCAGCUCGGCUGUUUGGAAAUAAGGAGAUUCUACAAAGACAUGAACCCAAACGGACUGGAGAAAAAGUCAAACUUUGAGCUACUGGAGAAGGAUGUGGGUCUGGAUCUGUUCUUUCCCAGAGAGCUGAUCGACAGCAUGAAGCCGAAGCAGCUACGGCGGCUGAUCCAGCAGACGUUUCAGGGCUACUCCACCCUAAAACAGGACCAGUGCAUGUCCCGCUUCUUCACCACGCUCGCUCAGUGCUACUGCUUCACACAAGAGAGCUUCGCCUGCCAGCUAGUGCACAGCUGGAGUCUAAGUAUCGACCUGGUCAUCGGGCCUGACGGCAUUAGCCAACAAACAGAGAACUCCACGCCUGUCUGUUUGGCGUCAAUCUCUCAGGUUCAGAGCAUCUCCUGCUCAGCAGAGAGCAACGGCCGAGCUCUGCUGACCGUGCACAUUGACAGUGCCAAGCAGCCUCUCUCAGUGAGCACCUCCUCCCUGGCUAUGGCAGAAAACAUGGCUGACCUGAUCGACGGCUACUGUCGGCUGGAGGGAAACUCUGAGAAGUCGCUCAUUAUCCGGCCGAGCAAAGGGAGAGACACACAACCAAAACUACCAGACAUCCCCAAAAGUGGAGGCACCGGUGCUCCUGUUAAAAGUGCUAAUUCUGAUAUUUAUGCAGAGAUUCCAGAGGGCAAUGCAGAUUCUUAUGAGAAGCACAGAAUCUCCAGAGACGACGUUGUUCUGGGUCGGAUUCUCGGGGAAGGAUUCUUUGGAGAAGUCCACCAAGGAGUUUAUAAAAGUCCGACAGGAGAGAGGAUCAGUGUGGCCGUUAAAACGUGUAAGGACUUCACAGCAGAUGUAAAGGAGAAGUUUCUAAGUGAAGCCGGUUUGAUGAAAAAUCUGAAUCACCCCCACAUUGUGCGUCUGGUCGGAGUCAUUGAAAUCGAUCCGGUCUGGAUCGUCAUGGAGCUCUACGAACACGGAGAGCUGGGGAACUAUCUGAAGGAGCAGCAGUACACCCUGACAACAUCAACAUUAACCCUUUACUGUGUUCAAAUCUGCAAAGCCCUGGCUUACCUGGAGGGACUCAACAUGGUGCACAGAGAUAUCGCAGUACGAAAUGUCUUGGUGGCAUCUCCUGAAUGUGUGAAGCUCGGAGACUUUGGUUUGUCUCGCUACGUUGAUGAACAAGAGUACUAUAAAGCCUCAAUUAGUCGAUUACCGAUAAAGUGGAUGGCCCCUGAGUCCAUCAACUUUAGACGAUUCACCACAGCCAGUGAUGUCUGGAUGUUUGGUGUUUGUGUGUGGGAGAUCUUCUCAAUGGCCCAGCAGCCGUUCUUCUGGCUCGAGAAUGGUCAAGUGAUCAAUCAGCUCGAGUCAGGCGUUCGACUUCCCAAACCUCAGAACUGCCCGCCCACCAUCUACUCUCUGCUCACCCGCUGCUGGUCUUAUGAGCCGGCCGGACGACCGAGCUUCAGCCGACUGGCCUGCUCACUCAGUGAGAUUCAGAGGAUAGAGGUGGAGCAGGAGACGGAUAUGAAGAGAGACAAAAGACGCUCCAUUCCUCCAGGGUUUGAACCAAGCCAAAGAGAGCCUCCACCAAAGCCUUCCAGGAUACAAGGAAACACUCUCCCUCGGGUCACGCACAUUCAGGGAAAGAAAGAUAACAGGCCGAUAUGGGAGAAGGAGAGAGAGCACGUGGAGGACACCUUACAGAGACAAAGGCGAGAGAUGCUGAUGGACAACCAGUGGUUAGAGCAGGAGGAAAGACAACUGGAUCCAGCUGUACGAGUGGAUUCACACAACAAGCCUCCUGAGAAAAGCCAAGAAAACGGUCCCCCAGAGAAACCUCCAUGUCCUCCCCCUGUAACAAAGCCUCGGCCCACAGCUGAGCUCGACCGCUCUGGUGAUCAGGUGUACACCGGCGUCAUGGCGAUGGUGAAACAAGUGGUGCAGCUGAAGAAUGACGUCAACACGCUGUCUGCCUCCGAGUAUCCUAGCGCUGUUAAAGCGGUGGGCAUCACCCUGAAGAGCCUGAUUCAAAGCGUGGAUGAGAUCCUGCCGUCCCUGCACAGCUCCGUCACCACAGAGAUCGAGGGCACGAAGAAGCUCCUGAACAAAGAUUUGGGUGAGCUGAUCAGUAAGAUGCGUCUGGCGCAGCAGAACUCCGUCACAUCUCUAAAGGAGGAGUGCCAGCGGCAGAUGUUGGCCGCCGCUCACACACUCGCCUUGGACUCCAAAAACCUGCUCGACGCUGUCGACCAGGCUCGAGUCCGGGCCAACCUCGCCAAGCCCAGACCUGAGGCACAAGAAGGAGAAGAUUCUGGGUAAAAAAAAAACGAGACUCUCGUUUUGAAGACAGAAAUGAAGAUAAUAAAGACUGAAUUAUAAGUGAACAUUUUAUUUUUGGCUCUAUUCCUGUGAAGAUGUACCUGCUGCAAUAAAAGAAGCCAUAAUAUAUUUGUACUUGUCUGAGGAAACUGAACAGUCAAACUACAACAAAAAAAUAAAAACAAUUAAAUUUA